UUUUUUUUCAAUUUUAUGCCACUAAGGAAUGAGUCAUUUGCACAUAGGACCUUAACAUAGGAAAGUGAAAAAUUCCCAGGCCUUGAUUGAAGAAAUUAGCAAAGUAAACAAGCUUAGCUUGGAAAUACGGGAGAAUGAGAAGAGCUAAACAGAGAAAAUGCAACCUGCUACACUACUGAUUGAUGAACCUGGCGUCUCUUCUUCCUUCCUCCGCGUUGGUUUUUCUCGCCCCUGGUCAACUCCUAAGCGGCUCCAUCCAUCCCUGCUGCGGCUGCUGCUUCUCCACCGUUUCACGCCCCUGCUGCUGCACCUACGCCGGAGAUGACGGGCUGCUCUUCUUCCGUCGAAAGCCUGCUCAGUCCACGGUGAGAGAGGCGCGUUCCGGAAGAGGAGCUCCAACUGGAGAGCCAAGCUAAACACUUACCCACGGCUGCAUGUGGCAUUUGCUUCUGGUUCUGCCGUUCUGGAGUAAGCUGUUUCAGCCACUCCAAGCUCGCUCAGGUGCAGCACAAGCAUAACUGGAGAGCCAAGCUGAACACUUAUCCAGCCAGAGUUGGCUGGAAUAAUGGUGAGCGCUUCUACCGGGGUGAUGAACUCUCUCCUGGGUAAGCUGGCCACCCUGAUGGGGGACGAGUUCGCCAAGCUAAAGAACCUGAGAAACGAGGUGAAGGACAUCAGCAAUGAGCUGAGCAGCAUGAAGGAUGCUCUAGAGUGCCUUGCUGAUGUGGAUGAGCUCGAUAUACAGACCGCAAGGUGGAGGGACGCGGUCAGGGAGAUGUCUUACGACAUUGAGGAUAUCGUCGAUGACUUCAUGUGCAAAAUUGGGGAGAAACACAAAAAAUCUGGGUUUGUCCAUGAGAUUAUUCAACGCCUCAAAACAUCAAAGGACCGCCAUCAGAUUGCUGGGCAGAUCGAGGAGAUCAAGAAACUUGUGCAUGAAACAAGUGAACGGCGUGAAAGAUAUAGGCUCAAUGUCCUCACAUCAGGCAAUUUGGCAGUUGAUCAACGAGUUGUCGCACUCUAUGAGAAUGCAUCUAAACGUGUUGGUAUGGAGGGCCCAACCAAUGAACUUGUCAGUUGGCUAGAAGACGAGGAGAAGAAGUUGAAGAUUGUAUCAAUUGUUGGUUUUGGAGGUUUAGGUAAAACAACACUCGCCAAUGAGGUAUACCGUAAGCUGAAGGGAGAAUUUCAUUGCGGUGCAUUUGUGCCAAUGUCUCAAAAGCCAAAUAUUUCAAAACUUCUGCAUAGUUUACUAAUCCAACUCGGGUGUGGACAAUCUUUUAAAGAUUGUGAGUUAAAUGUACUUCUCGACCAGCUCAGAGAAAAUCUAGAAAAUAAGAGGUACAUCAUUAUCAUCGAUGAUCUAUGGGAUGUAUCAGCAUGGGGUAUUAUUAGAUGUGCUUUCCCUGAAAAUGAUCUUGGUAGCAGAUUAAUAGUAACUACAAGAAUCAAGAAUGUGGGUGAGGCAUGUUGUUUGGGUCACCACAAGCGCAUUCUGGAAAUGAAACCUCUUAGUGAAGAAGACUCAAGGAAAUUGUUUUUUGAUAGGAUAUUUGGCUCUGAAGAAGCUUGUCCAGGUCAACUCCGAGAUGUUUCAGUUGAGAUUCUCAAGAAAUGUGGUGGCUUGCCACUUGCAAUCAUUAGCAUAUCCAGCCUAUUAGCAAGCGGAAGUUCCCACCAAAAUGAGAGGUGGAAACAUGUAUGGAAUUCUUUGGGGUCAGUAUCAGACACAAAUCUCAGCUUGGAAGCAAUGAGACAGAUCUUGAACCUUAGCUACAAAAAUCUUCCUCACCACCUCAAGACAUGCUUCUUGUAUCUUGGUAUGUUUCCAGAGGACUAUAUAAUAGAGAGAACUGUUUUGGUAAGUCUGUGGAUAUCUGAAGGUUUCGUUAGUAAAGCACGUGGACAAAGCCUAGAACAGACUGGAACAUGUUAUUUCAAUGAGCUUGUCAACAGAAGCCUUAUUCAACCUGUAUUUAUUGACACAGAUGGGUCAGUGAGACUUUGCAAAGUACAUGAUAUGUUGUUGGAUCUUAUCUUGUACAAGUCUGGAGAAGAGAAUUUUAUUACCGUAGUAGAGAGCCCAGAGGACAUUAUAGGACAACUUCAAAAGACCCGUCGGAUGAACUUAAACUUGGAUGGUGCAAAAUUGCCAGAGAACGUUAGUAUGUCACAAGUGCGAUCAUUUGCAAGUUGGAGAGGCUCCGUGAAUAUACCUUCUCUGACUAAGUUCAAGUAUCUUCGAGUUUUUAUUGCUAAAUUUAGUUCUAGUUCUGUUGAUGACAACCGGAAAAUCGACCUGACAGGAUUGUGUAAGUUAUAUCUGUUGAGACAUAUAGAGAUUCGUGGCUGUAGUAAGUGCCAGCUACCCCAGCAGAUUAGACGGUUACAAAAGUUGGAAACAUUUGAUAUAGAUGGCUCCUGUAUCCCAAUGGAUAUUUUUCACCUGACUGGCUUGUUGUGUCUGAAUGUUCCAUACAUUGAAAGGCUGCCUGAGGGCAUUGGUAAAAUGGCAUCCCUACAGCGCCUGUGUCGGUUUGACACGCUGUACUCCUCACUCGAUAGUAUCAAGGGCCUAGGAGAGCUGACCAAUCUGAGUACUCUAUCUCUCAGAACACGUUUUUCUGAAGAUGUGGACAUGGAUGCUCUAAACACUUCUUUGGGAAAACUUUGUAACCUCAAGUGGCUGUACAUAUCUUCACCUAAAUCUUGGAUACCUGAGGCAGUAACUUUGUCGCCUCCUCCCCCGAACCUUGCGACACUCCACAUUGUAAAAAGGUCCCGGGUCCCCAGCUGGAUUGGGGAACUCUAUAAUCUCCAGGUGCUGACUCUCUCUGUUGAGAAGUUGGACAAGGACGAUGUUGGUAUUCUUGCGCAGCUACCUGCCCUCAUCGAGCUUACUUUAACUUUCAGUAGAUCCCUGGAAGCAACAAUUGCAAUCUAUGGAAAAUCAUUCACAGCCCUAAAGAAGUUUGAUGUCAGCGGAGAUAUCAUGCCACACCUGACCUUCCAAGCUGGGGCAAUGCCUAAGCUCCAGAGCCUCUUUCUAGGGUUGAACGCCAGGGGGUGGGAGCAGGACGAUAACGCUGCACCUAUAGGUAUCGAGCACCUGUUAGCACUUGAAAAAAUCGAUGUAGGAAUUGGCUACAGGGGUGCUACUGCAUCUGAAAAGAGAAGAGCAGAGUCUGCCAUUAGGAUCGCUAUCAGCAUGCAUCCCGGCCAUCCUCACGUUAUAAUCAAAUGUUGGGACACAGUGAUUGGGCCUUUUUUUUUCGAGAAUGCAGUGAUUGGGCCUUGGUGACGGACGCAUGAUAAUUAUUGGUGUCAGCUACUACCAGCAGCUGGUAUAUUCAAAGGGAAGUCGAUUUUUUUCUAUGGAGCAACAAGAUGGGGUACGCGAAGGAAUAUUGAGGUGUCUCCUACAUUAUGCUGAAUUGUAGCGGAUGGAGAUGGAUUAAUGCAUUUCCUUUCCGUCCGGAACAUCGAACUGUCACUUUGCUUUGUGCUACUAUUUAUCUCGUCGAACUGUUUGUUUCUACAAUAUUGAUGGUAUGAUACGCUUUGGUUCGGUUUAUCCUAUAAUAAGACUCGGAUGGUGGGCAGGAGUUGGCACCUACUGCGCCUUGCUCAUUCCUAGCCACGGAUUGCAUGUU